GGGCAGAGAGAAAUUGUGAAAAAUAUCUUUUUCUAUCAUGCGCUGGUUCUCUACUGAAAAUAUAACAACUCGUCUCUAUGUACUUAGUUUGGUGGUUGCGUUUGGUGGCUGCACUGUCGGAAUAGAUAUUUCACUUGUUAAUGGUGCACAGAUGUUCUUUGUGUCUCGUUUUCAUUUGAACGAUUCUUUGCACGGCCUAACCAGUGCAGCAACGCUAAUUGGAGCAGUGAUUGGUUCCUUUAUGUCUUCGAUUAUCAACCUUUUCUUAGGGAGGAAGGGAGCCAUGUUUGUCGCCUCAUUUGUAGCAGUAGGAGCAGGGUUGAUAGAGGCAUUGGCUAAUGUAUGGGGUGUGUUAUUAUUUGCUAGAAUUUUCCUGGGGACUUCUUUUGGAAUUUACAGUGCUACCAUUCCAAUUUAUUUAUCUGAAAGUGCUCCAGCUGUAGUAAGAGGUGCUUUGACUGCUAUCUAUCAGCUUUCCCUUACUUUUGGACUAUUUUUUGGCUCGAUUGCAGAUGCAGCAUUUGUCCAAGUUGAUAAUGGCUGGAGACUUAUGUUAGGAUCAGUUAUUGUUCCUCCUUUUUGUUGUCUAAUUGGUCUUAUUUUCACACCAGAGUCUCCGAGGUGGUUGAUAUUCAAGAGGAAGGAAGCAGAGGCGUUCCAAUGUCUUUUAAAAUUGCGAAAAACGGAAACAGAAGCACUUGAGGAUUUAUCACGUAUCAAAGAUUCCACGAUGAUAGAUUCACAACGAGAUACUUGGUACCAAGUAUUGAAAAAGAUAUUGAUGACCAAACGUAUUAGACGUGCAGUUUCUGUGGGAAUCUUUUUACAAGUUGCACGACAACUAUCUGGAGUGAAUGCGAUGUCUUAUUACAUCGACAUUGUUUUAAGAAAGGCAGGCUUGUCCAUUUCCACGACUAUCUAUAUAAGUGUUGCUUAUAUGUUUGGCACCGUAUUAUUUACAUUACCAUUAUUCUGGAUUGUGGAUAGAUUGGGGAGAAGAAUCCUUUUGGUUGCCACUAUGCCUGUCAUUUCCCUCAUGUUGUUAUUGAUUGGUUUUUCCUUUUAUGGAAAUGAGCACAUUCGCAUAUCCUUAUGCCUUGUGGGAUUCUUUAUCAUGCGUGCAUUUUUUAGUCCUGGUUUAGGUCCUGUCAGUUGGAUCAUUACUUCAGAAAUAUUUCCAUUACAAGUUCGAGCAGAAUGUCUCGCUAUUGUAUCUUUUGCUAGUUAUGCCUUCAACUUUGUCAUUUCUUUUGCAUUUCCGGAUAUGCUAAGUCAGAUGAAAGCCCAAGGAGCAUUUUCAUUCUUCUCAGGUUUUACUUUGUUGAGUUGGAUUAUUUUUUUUCUAUACGUACCAGAAACCAAAGGAAUAGAAUUGGAAAGUGUAGAGCAGUUAUUUGAAAAGCCUUGGAGUGAGUAUUCCCGUAAACAUAUUCAACAAGCUGCCGAGUUUUUAUCUUGUAGAAGAAAGAAGGCGUCUUGUAUAGAUAUGAUUCAGUCAUCGAGCUCCGAAAGGACCGCUUCCAUCAAUGAAAAGGAAAGGAAAGCAGAAGAAUAGUAUACUCAACUUGGCUCAACAUCGAUCAUUCUGGUGAAACAUAUGAAAGAAACGCCAACUUCCCAGCCAUAUCUUUGAUAUUUCGAAACAUCUCAUUUGAAUAUUGAUAUACAUUGUAAGCAUUCCUAUGCUUAUGAUACAUAUUUAGGGAAGAGUUCUGAGCAUUCUUUUUUGAAAACCCGUUAUCGUCUUCCUCAUAAGAGAAGUAUGAUAAUAAAAUGAAAAGGUUUUGAGGCGGGAAA